UAGUUUUGCCACAGCUGGAGGCGCCCUGGUGCUGGGAGUUGUAGUUUUGCCACAGCUGGAGGCGCCCUGGUGCUGGGAGUUGUAGUUUUGCCACAGCUGGAGGCACCCUGGUCCUGGGAGUUGUUGUUUUGCCACUGCUGGAGGCACCCUGGUGCUGGGAGUUGUAGUUUUGCCACAGCUGGAGGCACCCUGGUGCUGGGAGUUGUAGUUUUGCCACAGCUGGAGGCACCCUGGUGCUGGGAGUUGUAGUUUUGCCACAGCUGGAGGCGCCCUGGUGCUGGGAGUUGUAGUUUUGCCACAGCUGGAGGCACCCUGGUGCUGGGAGUUGUAGUUUUGCCACAGCUGGAGGCACCCUGGUUGGGAAACACUACUGGGCUGUAGCAUUGAUACUGUGGAAAUGUUGGACUGUUGUAGCACUACAGAUCCCAGCAUGCCCUGGACCGGAGCCGCACAGCCCCUCCCUCCCCUGUUCCCGGUGAAGGUACAGUGUGUUCCCUGACACAUGGAUAACAUGUGAGCGCACCAGGCCCCGCCCCCUUCAGGACGCCCCCUCCAAUCAGAGAGGAGGGAUGUGAGAGGGCGUGGCCUGGGAUCAGGCAGUCCCGUGUUUGGAGCUGCUGGUCCCGCACUGACAGCCGCCGCUCCCCGGACCUCAGUGCAGUCAGAGCGGACUCCUCUCCCCGGGAUGGCCGCCUCCUCCACUACCGCGGUGACCGCCGUGCACUGGUUCCGGAAGGGGCUGCGGUUACACGAUAACCCGGCGCUGGUGGCUGCUCUGCGGGGGGCGCGCUGUGUGCGCUGCGUCUACAUCCUGGAUCCCUGGUUCGCGGCCUCGUCCUCCGGCGGCAUCAACCGAUGGAGGUUCCUACUACAGUCCUUGGAGGAUCUGGACUGUAGUCUAAGGAAGCUGGGCUCUCGUCUGUUCGUGGUGCGCGGACAGCCAGCAGACGUCUUCCCCAGAUUAUUUAAGGAAUGGGGCGUGAACCUGCUGACGUUCGAGUACGACUCGGAGCCGUUCGGUAAGGAGCGAGAUGCGGCCAUAAUGAAGUUGGCCAAGGAAGCCGGUGUGGAGGUGAUCGUGGAGAACUCGCAUACUCUGUAUGAUUUGGACAAAAUCAUCGAACUGAAUGGUAACAGCCCUCCGCUAACUUACAAGAGAUUUCAAGCCAUCAUCAGCCGCAUGGAGCUUCCUCGUAGACCGGUGCCAACCAUCACGAGACAGCAGAUGGAGCCCUGCCAAGUAGAGAUCAAGAGCACACAUGACGAGACCUAUGGGGUGCCCUCUUUGGAGGAACUUGGCUUCCAGUGCGAGAACCUACAGGCUGGAGUAUGGCCGGGAGGAGAAACGGAAGCUCUGGCUCGUCUGGACAGACACCUGGAACGGAAGGCAUGGGUGGCAAAUUAUGAGCGACCACGAAUGAAUGCCAUUUCUUUGCUGGCGAGCCCUACAGGUCUGAGUCCUUACCUGCGGUUUGGCUGUCUGUCCUGCCGCCUCUUCUACUACAGACUGAAGGAGUUGUAUCAGAAGGUGAAGAAAAACAGCCCUCCCCCUCUGUCCCUGUACGGCCAGCUCCUCUGGAGGGAGUUCUUCUAUACGGCGGCCACUAACAACCCCAAGUUUGACCAAAUGGAAGGGAAUCCAAUCUGUGUGCAAAUUCCCUGGGACCGCAACCCGGAGGCCCUCGCCAAGUGGGCAGAAGGGAAGACGGGGUUCCCGUGGAUUGAUGCCAUUAUGACACAGCUGAGACAAGAAGGCUGGAUCCAUCACCUGGCGAGGCAUGCUGUCGCCUGCUUCCUGACACGGGGAGAUCUAUGGAACAGCUGGGAAUGUGGAGUUAAGGUGUUUGAUGAGCUGCUCCUGGAUGCGGACUUCAGUGUGAACGCCGGCAGCUGGAUGUGGCUCUCGUGUAGCGCGUUCUUCCAGCAGUUCUUCCAUUGUUACUGUCCUGUGGGCUUUGGAAGACGGACAGACCCUAGUGGAGACUUUGUCAGACGAUACUUGCCGGUGCUGAAGGGUUUCCCGUCCCGUUACAUAUACGAGCCGUGGAAUGCUCCGCCGUCUGUUCAGAAAGAAGCCAAAUGCAUUAUCGGAGUGGACUAUCCUAAACCCAUUGUGAAUCACGCAGAAGCCAGCAGGCUGAACAUCGAGCGCAUGAAACAGACCUACCAGCAGCUGUCCCGCUACAGAGGCCUCUGUAUACUGGCAUCUUCUCCGUCAUGUCCAGAAGAUCUCGGGGGCCCGAUCAGCGACCUUUCUGCUCCUCAUCCGGCAUUUGUCGAGCCAGCUCCGAAACUGUCCUUGUGUGCACCCGACUCCCCCAAACGUAAGCACGAAGACUCCAUGGAAGGACCUUGUAAGAAAGCCAGGCUGCAGAGCGUCGCAGCGGCAGAGAGGACCGCCAAAGACUUCUGAAUGCAGAUGUGGAGCCAUGCAUCCUACUCUAGUGCAUUCUACGUCUUAAGGAAGAUGGACACUAUGACCGUCCCCUCACCCGGUCUUAUACUCCUGAACAUUGCGACCAGGACUGCAAUAAAACCGACCAAAGAGAGGAACUUGUGAAUAAGCAGAGCCACGAUCUACAGCACCACGGACAUUGGGGGA